CUCGUCUAUCCCUUUUUCACAGAGUUACAGAGCUCUACAACGUUUCAGUCUCAUUUCUGCUUGAACACUGUGCUUCUUCAAUUCAAAGCUCUUUCAUCAUCGCCAUGGGUUUCUUCGACCUCAACAUACCUUACGACGAGCAUUCAUCAUCAUCAUCUUCGUCUUCUUCUUCAAGUAGGAAUCGCAUCAGGAUUGUGGCCAAACUCAUGGAGCUCGGCUACUCUGGUAUUGCCUACAACCGUACAGUCAAAGGAGUGAUGUCCGAUCGAGAUCGUUGUUCUAUUCCCCUCCUCAACGUUUCAUCUCUUCACAGUAUCCUUCCAUCCUUCUCCGCCUCCGUAGAGUUCCAUCGGGAUCUCCUCGGCGUCCCACGGUCCUCUCGUUUCCGGCAGUACACGCGUCUUACUAUUUCUGUUAACAGUUUGCACGAGGUUAUGGCUGUCAAUUCUGACAACCUUAUUCUGAAGACCUACGAUUUGAUUGCUGUGAAGCCUCAUAAUCAGUAUUCUUUCGAGCAGGCUUGCGAGAAAUUGGAGAUAGAUAUAAUUGCCAUUGAUUUUGCGGAGAAACUUCCUUUUAGCUUGAAGCAAGGAACGAUUAAAUCUGCAAUUCAGCGUGGAGUUUACUUCGAAAUCAUGUACUCUGAUCUCCUUUCCGAUGUUCAUGAUAGGAGGCAAACAAUAUCCGCUGCUAAGAUCUUGGUGGAUUGGACUAAAGGAAAGAAUCUCAUAUUAUCCAGUGCUGCCCCCUCUGUAAAUGAAAUCAGAGGACCUUACGAUGUUGCAAACUUGUCAUCAUUGCUAGGUGUCUCUAUGGAAUGCGCAAAAGCUGCUGUUUCAAAAAACAGUAGGAAUCUUAUAGCUAAUGCUCUAAAGAGAAAGCAAUUCUACAAGGAAACCAUUCCAGUUGAAAGGAUAUCAUCAGAUGAUAAAUUAGAUCUGAAUGACCCUUUGUCAGCGGAUUUGUUCAAAUGGGAUCCUAUAUCAGGUGGUGCAGGUGAUUUUUUAUUGGAUGAUAUAGCAAAAUCUUUUGCUGCCUCUAAUGAAAAAUUGGGAGGUGUGAAAGCCAUUGACUUCAAUUCAGUCAUUGACGACGUGCCACCACAAGGUUUCCUAGUCAAGAAUGUAAUAUCAGGCUCCAAGGCAAAACUGUUGUCGAAUGAGAAAGGCAAAAGCAUUGUUGAAGAAAUUGCGCAGCCAAAGACCUCAAAGCUGGAAGAACCUAUUGAAAUGGACAUUGAUAACGUGCAAUUGAAAAACCCACUACCCAGUAGCGUAUUAAGUGCAGUAUCAGCAAAUGAGCUUCUGAAUUCUCCUACAUCUACCAGAGAUGUAUCAGCUGUAGUUUUCGGAAAUGACAGAAAAGAAAUUUCUAAAAUGGAGGCUGUUGAUUCUCAUCAGUAUGAAUAUGGUCUAAAAAGUUCUGAUAUAUUGACUGGUUCAGAAAAUAUAUUGAGGGACAAAACUUCUACUAAUUUGGUUUCAGAAGAUCAAAAGAAUGUGAUAAUGGACGGUACAUUUACAGCUGAGGAAUGUUUACUUGAUGCAAGACUUGGGAAGCCUGGGGAUGUGGCAAUGGCUGAUUGUCAGGUUUCUCCUCUUGGUUUGAAAGAUGAUCAUUUGAUCUCGAUUCGACAACAAACAUCUGAGGUGUUAAUGGAAGAGCAGAAUAGUGGAGAAGCUGAUCCAGAGAUCACACAACCACCUUCCGAUCAGUAGUGUAUAUCUGGUGUGUUGUCUACAGGUACCUAACUCCCAUCGAGAUAUCAGACAUGGAAGCUUGUUUGUUAUCCUCCCCUUUCAGCCUUUGUUCUUCUGAUUUGGAUACUUGAGUAUAUUUUCUUCACUGUAGUAUUCAUAUUAAAGUGAACAUUAAUAUUCAACUAGGAGCCGCCAAGCAGUUGACAUAUAUGCAACAAACAAGCUCACUUCUUCACUGUAACCCCACAAAAUAUUAUCAGUUUGGGAUAUACCAACUGAACUGAAACCUCCAUGUAAAUGCAGGGAAAUGCCCAUCGAAACGAGAAGACAUCAUCCAGUGUCAAAGCUUUCGCUUGGGGUUAAUCAACCCUCUGGCCUUCAAGAAAGCCCCUGAAACGUAUACAGAGAAGUAGUGAUCAAAACGGAGGGGACAUCACCCAGUGCUAUUGCUUCCGUUCAAGCGCUCAAUCAAUCUGCUAGCCCCAAGAAGUUUUUAAAAAUCCUUUUGUAGCAGAAGAGGCCAUGGCUAAGCCUGAGAAGUUGGGGCUCAUUCUCAGUGUAAUGAACCAACCAAUUGACCCACCAGGGGAUCCAAACUGUAGGAGGCUUGGAAUUCCAUGAAUCUUCCCCACUGCUUGUAAAGCCGCAAAGCACUUCAUUGGUGGCAACACACAUUCUCACCUUAAAAUCACCGGCUUGGAAGAGCGGCCGGCUGACAAGACUCUCAGCUGUGGGUGGCGGUGUCGAUGACGACGAUGAAGAAAAGGUGCGGUGGAGAAGAUUAUUGGUUGUUCGGAGAGAAGGGUUAAGGAGGCUAAAAGAUUGGUCUAAUAAAAAUCUAUUAGUUGGUCGACGAAAUGUUAGGGGUUGCGGCGGAGAAGUCGCUGAACCGUCGCCACAACUGUCGGAAACUUCAGAUUUCCAAAGCUUGACAGAGGAAUCGGGCAACCAGUCAAAAUCAACGCUUGCGAGGUCGGCGGAGGAAUGCGAGACGGCGGAAAGAAACGGGGAGAAGGCCAUGGAGGACGGCGGCGCGUGAAGAAUAUGAAAGAUCCGAUCGGUGGGUACGUGAGAAGAGGGAAGAGGAAGCUCGGGAGAGUUGGAGAAUGCAAAUGCAGCAUUGAGGGACUACUUAUCCAUGCGAGUUCGGUUGAUGACGUGGAAUAUGACGCCACUUAUUAUUAUUUUUUUCAUUUAUUCAUUAUGGAAAAAGCACGCAACUUUAAAAUCGUUGACUCGUUUACUGUUAUUAUUUAGAAAAAAAAAUAGUCUCUGUUGGUUA